AUGCCCUCCCCAACAUCCAUUUCACUGUGCGCAUCCCUCUUAACAGCUGGAUACCUCGCCUACCGUGGUCUUACACCCCCAAACCCUCCGCCCAGCUCUAGAGUUAAUGGGCCGCCAGACCGCGUCCGUCUGAUUGCUGGCCCGAUCACCACCGUCACAGUACAUCUCAAUACAGCCUUCAUUAUCUACCACGCCCUUCUUGCGCUGUUCUAUAUAGACAGAAGCAACCACAAUGCUAAGGAGCUGGCAGAAACUAGCGAUGGAGUGUACCUCCAAGCAAUCUGUCCCCACCUAACCAGUCUCGCGCCGCAUCUCUUCACCUGGACUGUCACAACUACAUUCUGCCUCCUUUCCAUCACCGUGGGCGCCUUGCUUCGGCUCUCUGCAUUCAAAUUUCUAGGUCGGAACUUCACCUUUCAGCUGGCGCAACCAGAUACCCUAGUAACUGGGGGUUUGUACCGAUUGGUACAGCAUCCGAGUUACACGGGGUUGUGGCUCCUCGCAGCAGGAUACCUGGGAAUGGUAAUGCGGUGGGACGGUGCAAUGGCCUGUGCUAUGGAUGAAGCAAUGCAUGAACGACUAUCUGGGUGGGGAAGAUGUAUAGUGGUGGUGAUAGUAACAGGGUUGAUCCAUUCAACGGUGAUGCGCGUGCGAGACGAGGAGGGGAUGUUGCGGGACAAAUUUGGGCGGGAUUGGGAGGAAUGGCAUCCACCGGAACAACUCCGAUUCUCCGACUCCGCAUCUCCGCCAGUCCCGAUGAUCUCACCUCUUCAUCCUCCGCCUCAAGCUCAGCUCUCCUCUUUCCCUUCUCUCAUCCCACUUGCCCCCUCUCCCCGACAAUCAUUCAAUUGCACCCCCAACUGUACUAUGGGUAUCCUCAAGCGCGCUGCUAAGAUCACCGCCGUCGGUGCGGGCGUCACCACGGCAUUCUUCUUCGCAGCCGUCCGUCACAACACCUUCGUGCCGAUGCCCACAAGCGACCCUCUCUUCCAGCACCCGCUGUACCAGAAACUCAAUCCCAACAACAACCCCACCACCCAUGACCUCUGUGUGCGCCGCGUACCACUCAAGGACAUUAAGCCCGCCUUGCUGGAAAAGCCAGGCCGGCUGACUGAGGCAUUUUGCGCCGGUGUGUGGAGUGGAUUCGGAUAUGCCUAUCAACGCCGCUACCUCUCCAAGAAAUACGAAGGCCCCGAGACCUCUUCUCACCUCUGGACGCGCGCGGACCUACGCGCCGCGACAUACGACGUGGGUACGCUGAUCACAGAUCACUUCGAAGUGGUAGAAAAGACGCCGGAGCGGAUUGUCGUGCGGUGCGGAGAUUCGCCGCGGAAGAAGGACGUGCGGGAAUCGGAUGGUUUGUUUGAGAUGUCGACGGAGGUGAAGCCCCAAGAGGGCGUUGCGGAGUUUCGGCUCAAGAGUCUGUUUUUCCAGGGCAAGGGGAAGGCAGAGAGCGAGCCGAUGCCGUCGCACGUGGUCUGGUUGCAUCAACAGUAUACGAAAUUGUGGUUGGAGACAGCGUUGGGAAAUAUUUGGCGGUGA